AUGGAUCCGGCAAAGCUCAAGACUUGGAGUUUGCCCAAAAGUGUCACCUCUCGCUUUGUCGAUACAGCACCCGCAGGCCUCAAGUUUCACAUCUUGGAGUCCGUUCCUCAAGACUUGCCCACGGGCAGCCAGCCACCUCUCAUUUUGCUUCUCCAUGGGUUCCCCAACCUAUCGUACGACUGGCGCUACAUCAUGCCCUUGUUGUCCAAGGCGGGCUACCAUGCCGUGGCCCCCGAUAUGCGGGGCUUCGGGCGAACCCACAAUUCGGAUCUCAGCCCAGUCGCAAGGGAAAACAUUCGGCCCAUAGUCGCAGUCCACGAUGUAACAGCACUGCUUAUCGGUCUUGGCUACAAGUUUAUUCACACCCUUGUAGGCCAUGACCUGGGUGCUUUUGCUGCUUCUCUGAUCGCUCUAGCCCGAACGGACCUGGUCAAGUCACUUGUUUUGAUGUCGCAUCCUUUCAAAGGAAUACAGGCACCUGCAACCAAGGAAGAGAAACAAGCAGAGGCUAGUCGACAAGACUCUGAUAUACAAGCUUCUCUUGCAAAGCUUGAUCCGCCAAGGAAGCAUUAUAAAUACUACAACGCAGCGGAUGCCGCGGCGGAUGAAUGGACGAAUCCGAAAGGCCAGCCCUUACAUGAAUUCCUCAGGGGUUAUUUCCAUCUUAAGUCGGCAGAUUACGUCCUCAACAAACCACAUCCGCUGAAAUCAUGGACGGCGAAGGAGUUGGCACUCAUGCCGCACUAUUACGUGAUGAGAGCCGACCUUUCUAUGCGGGGUAAUGUCGAGCUCGACAUGUCCAAAGAGCCUGCCUCGAUCCGCGAGAAACUAUCUCAGACUCCGUGGCUGCCGGAUUCAGACCUGAGUGUUUACACAGAAGAAUUCGGAAGGACAACCUUUAGCCAUUCGCUUCUUUGGUACAAAGCGUUCGUCGAACCCAAGUUGGCCGCGGAUCUCCUCCCUUUUGCUGGACACAAAAUCUCUGUGCCGACAAAGUACGUUUCUGGUGAUCGAGACUGGGGCACGUACCAGGUGCCUGGUUCGCUGGAAGCCAUGGAGAAUGGUGACAGCGUUGAGCCUGAGUGCUGGCGGGGAGCGGUUCACGUUCCGGGAGCAGGGCAUUGGGUAAAUAUGGAGAAACCAAACGAGUGCGCCGCAGAGAUUCUGAAGAUAGCGGCGUCUGUCUACGAUGAUAGUAAAUGGAUCUAA